AUGACAUAAAAGAUAAAUUAUUUCUACGAAUUACAAGAAUUUUUAAACUCUUCAUUCGAAUCUCAUUAGAUACUCGAUAUUACUCAGAGUGGGAAUUAAUUUGGCGAUGAAGGUACAUCAGCCAUAGCUUUUGCUUUAGCAAAUUGCACUAACCUCUCAAAUUUGAAACUCAAUCUAUCUGGCAAUUAAAUUAGUGCAGAAUAGAAUAGAAAUACUCGCACAUAUAAAUGCACUCAGAAUAUGACUUAAAAAUAAUUUUAUUUUUAAUGUUUAUAUAUAUAUUUAAUUAUGUAUUUUUUAGGUGUACAAUCAUUUUCGUUCUCAUAAUUAAUAAUGAAAAAGACUAAAGAUAAAUUUAAGAUUUAUUUAUUUUUUUUUUGUUUUUUUGAUUAUUUUGCAUACACCCAGUUUCCUCACUUUUUAAAGAGCCUGAAAAUUUGA